GGGAAUGGGGCAGGGCUUACAAGUGUUUAAAAGCUUGAAGUACGGCAAAAGUGUGUAAAGACGGAGAAGAUUACCAGUCACUUGGCUGAAAAUUCAUUGCAUCUUUGAAGUAAAGAAAUCCAGACAGAUUUCAAAAUGCCUCCUCCAGCGGUUCCACACGGCAUGUGUCUAAAAGUCAUGGAUGACCGCAACAUGAAGGGUGGCAUGGGCUCUGCAACACAUCCUUUGAAGUUCAUGGAUCAGGACUACAACUCUUUACAAGACGUCUGUCUUAAGACAAGACAGAGAUUUGUUGAUGAGUUUUUCCCGCCAGACCCUCGUUCCAUUGGCGAAGGGCUGCUGGAGCCAGAAGUCAUGGCCCGAGUGGAGUGGAUAAGACCAACGAAAUUGUAUUCAGAUAAAGCUGAAUUUAUUGUAGACACAGUGUCCAGGUUUGACUACGCCCAAGGGAAUAUAGGAAACUGCUGGUUUCUGGCCUCUGUUGGGGCUCUAACAUUUCAAAACAAAUUAUUACAAAAGGUCUUCCCAGACGGACAGUCAUUCAGCCACAAUUAUACUGGUUUAUUUCACUUCAGGUUCUGGCGGUUUGGGAAAUGGUACGAUGUUGUAAUUGAUGACAAACUGCCAACAAUCAACCGCAAGCUGAUUUUUGUCAAAUCAAAAACAUAUAAUGAGUUCUGGCCAGCCUUGCUGGAGAAAGCAUAUGCAAAGGUGUGCGGCUCCUACGCUGACAUGCACUAUGGCCGGGUAUCUGAAGCCCUCAUGGACUUCACCGGUGGGGUUCAUGUGCACUACGAACUGAAAACGGCUCCAACUGAUUUGUGGGAGAUAAUGUACCGUGCGUUCCAGUCAGAAGUCCUUAUGGGCUGUGAAACUCCACCAGGGAAUCAGAAUGAGGAACGAUUACCAAAUGGCAUUGUUCUGGGCCACGCUUACACCGUGACAAAGGUUUACCAGGUCAUGAGUGGUAAAUAUCCAGUUCAACUUGUGAGAUUGUUUAACCCAUGGGGAGGCAUUGAGUGGAAUGGAGACUGGAGUGACAACUCACCCUUGUGGAACACAGUGAGUGAUGAGGACCGCAAACAACAUCUUCAGGACGAAAAUUCGAAAGAGUUCUGGAUGUCAAUGAAUGAUUUCCUUAGAACAUUUGACAACAUGGAUAUCUGCUGUUCCUGUCCUGAUUUUCUGGAAGAAAAGUCUGCAUGUCACUGGAUUUCCAACUUCCACCAUGGCAGCUGGGUUCCUGGGAGUACAGCUGGAGGCUGCAUGAAUCAUUCAGACACCUUCUUUACCAACCCCCAGUUUUGGUUGAAGAUUAAUGAGAUGGAUAAGGCCUGUGAGCAGGGCAAGAGCAAUGUUCUGGUGUCCCUCAUACAGAAACCUGACAAGAGAAACAGACGCCUUGCUUCACACCAUGGCAUCGGCUUCUGCGUGUUUGCGGUUCCACCCGAGAUGAGAUCUGAGGGAAAGUUUGGAUCAAGCUUUUUCUAUAGCAGAAAGCCUGUGGCAACAAGCGGGGCUUUUCAGGAUGCAAGACAAGUGAUGAAAUUAUUCAGACUGGAGCCAGGAGAGUAUCUCAUUGUACCAUCCACUUACAUCCCUAAUAAGAACGCAGAAUUCAUCCUGUCCAUUCUGUGCAAAAAUGAGAUAAACAUUUUAAAGGACACAGAAAGGACAGAGAAAGAUUUUCUUGUGGAUCUUGUAGACGAGGUCGCAUACAACGAUAAAGUGGAUGAAGUAUUGAAAACUAAAACUUUGUUUCGGCAAUAUUCCGAUCAGUACAAAGUUGUUGAUGCUGAGAAACUUCAACAGAUUCUUCAUGAAAACCUACUUAGAGGAAAUAAAAAUACUGAAGGAUUUGGCCUGGAUUCCUGCAGAAGUAUAAUUGCCAUGUCAGAUUUCUCUGUCACUGGAAGACUUCAUGGAUCAGAAUUUCUUCGUCUGUGGACCCGCAUUAAGAUGUACAAGGAAAUCUUCUACAGCAUGGAUACUUCCAAAGAUGGCGUUCUGUCUUUGAACGAACUGCAAAAUGCAUUAGAGAAAACAGGCUUGCAUCUAAAUGAAGACAUCCUGAGUCUCAUGGUUGUGCGGUAUGGUGGUGCUUCAGAACAGAUCUCUCUGGAGGGUUUCAUUUGCCUUGUCAUGCGUUUGAACUGCAUGGCUAGAAUAUUCCAGAGACUCUGUGAAAGUGGGAAGAUAACUCUUAAUGAGAGUGAGUGGAUUGGACUCACCAUGUACUCUUGAGGGAACGUCUGUUUGCCAGGAGGUUUGCCAACAAACGCCAGAACAGAUCGGCAGUUUAGGC